AUGGACUCACAUAACCCACAUCUGCAAGGAUUUCCUCCACAACCGUUCCAACCAAUGCAUCAGCCUAAUCAGCAAACUAAUCAGCCUUUCGAUCAUCGUCCUUUCCAGCCAAUCGAUCCAGCUCAUCAAGAUCUUUCGCAUCAAACUUAUCAAACUCGUCAUCAACCUCAUCAAGGCUAUCAAGCUCAAGCUCAUCAAGAUUAUCAAGCUCAACCUCAUCAACAUUAUCAAGCUCAACCUCAUCAACAUUAUCAAUCUCAAGCUCAUCAUCAAUCUCAAUCUGAAACUCAUCAAGGGCAUCUACCCCAAACUUGUCAACCGCAUCAGGCCCGAUUUCAUCAAAGUAAUCAACCUCUCGAUCCAAUGCAUCCAGAUCUCUCUUUGCAGAGUUUUGAACGUGAUUACGAAGGUUUCUCCCAACCUACCAAUCAUCCAGCUUUAAAUCAACAUUGUUCGACUCUGAAUCAACCUAUUCGAGCUUUUAAUCUCAAUCAAAUCGAGCCACACUCUCAACAAGUCCCCCCCCGUCUAUCUCUAUCUGAUUUACCUCAAAAUGUACACAAUUCCACAUCCAUGAACACCAUUCAAACACCCUCCCAUCGAACACUCUCUCAACAUACGCCUUCUCAGGCUACCGUUCCUGCUGGUCCAGACUCACAACAAAAUAAAUCAAAAUCCAAAAAGAAAAGUGCUGUUGCCGCAAAAGACUCGACUGUAUCAACUCGGAACGUUCUCAACGGGUUUUUACCAAAUACAUCAUACAACCAUGGACUUGACCUCGAAGCACAAGGUCUGAGUGCCGAAGAAUUAAUGGAAAAGAAGUCUCUUGAUGAACUUCGACUUUCCGCCGAACAAGUUGGCAAAAGUCUAUUAUCAGAGGACGACGAAAUACAUUUUCGGAAUCUCUAUGAGGAAAUGACCAAGGCGUUAGCAAUCAACUGCCUUGGUAGAGGAGUCAGACUUUCAGCUGUCGAAACAUACUUACCUUUCACCGAUAUAUAUUUUCAAACCACUUGUUCCUGUAGAGGCCACAAGCAGGCCUUCCGAGAACCCACUCGUUGGCAUGGCUUUACUCAAACACCUGAAAGCCGAGCGGUUUACCGAGAGCAUGGGGGUGUUAAAAAUGGCCAAGCUGUUAAGGUUCUUAAGUCUGAAUACGAUAAACUGACAGAGGAAGAAAAGGAUCGAUACAAGCCCAAAUCGAAGCUGGAAAUCAUCAUUGAACGAGGCGAGGAAGAGCAAGCCAUCGACAACAACGGUGACGGUGGGGUUUCCUCCCAACCAGGUGGUGGUUCUGAUCAAGGUAAUGAUCAGUCAGCCAUCCAAAUGCGUAAAAAGUCUCGAUCCUUUGUCGAGGAUCAAGGUGUGGUCAUCAACUGGUUAAAAAAAGUGAAUUCAACUAUGCAUCGGCUUGCUAAAACCUAUCAUCUCGAAGGAUUUGUCAUGCUAGUGUCAACACACAUCGCUCAUGGAUCCCUCCAACUGAUCCGAGCAACCCCGGGGGCUCUGAAAUGGCAUGAUGCGACGAAACGUGUUAAUCCUGAAGAUAACUGUGUUACCAACCUUCAAUCGUAUAUCCUCGGACGGAAAGUGGGACUUGUACCUGAUGUUUCAUUAAAAAAAGAUAAAUCCGACAAAACAGAGGCAAGACAACUACUAGCAACUAGGCUUUUUGAGUUUUCAAAUGAAAAAUAUACAAAAUGGCCAUGGAAAAAUUGUGUAGAAACCCUCAAGGGUUGGGGCUAUGAAGUCACCGCUCUGCCAAGUGCUUGUUCGCAAAUCGAAUGGAUAACUUCCCAAAAGGGAAGCAAUGCACUGACCAACUCACAAGCGCGAAUGAUCCUGAAGGACUUGCGUAUGGAUUUGAUCCAGCUCGGUCGACUCACUAACUCAUCCGUAUCAACAGACUCAACCCCCAGAAAGCGACUCCGUCCUUCUUCUGAUGUAGAAGUUUCAGAAGAAGAGUAA